CCCACACACACACUCUCUCUCUCGGCCUCUAUAAAAGCUAAACAAAAGAAGAAGAAGAAUCCUUCGUUACACCUGAAAAUUCAAAUCUUUAGGACAUGAGAGUAGCCGACUGCCUCCAGGACUCAAAUGAGGCAGGGAAGAAGACUCGGAGGAGAAAAAGGAGGAAUCUUGGCUCAUCUCCGCCGCAUUACGAACCCCAAACCCCACGCUCCUUCCUCUCCCGGUGGUUUUUCAAAACAACAACGCCGCCCUCCGGCGAUCUACGCGGCGGCGCUGUGGAGGGAUUGAAGUUGGGCUGCUUGGUUCCAUUCUCAAACACUUGCUGUAACAACGAGGAGGAAACAGAGGAUAGAAAGCAAGAAGAGGGAUUCGAUUCUGACGAGGGGAAGGAGACGAUUCCUGCUAUUGUGGAAUCUAUCGAAGGACAUAGAGAAAAGAAUCCUGAGGCUCUCUCUUUCAACCUUGGUAUGGGGGCAGGUCUAGUCUUCCUCUUGGCCAAAAGUUCUAAUGAAUUCAACAAAAUGGUUGAACUAAGAUCUGAGAUGGAAAUGAUGAUCAAAUAUAUCAAGGCAGAAAUACAAAGAAAAGCUUCAUCUUCUAUCUUACCAGAAUCAAAGCUUCUCAGUUUCCCAACUUCAAAUUACUUUGGGAGUGAAUUUUCAAACAAGCCUCAGCACCUGCAUGAGGAUGCUGAAUCAUGUAAUUUCGCUGGGGCUUUCGGUUCCACGGCGGCUCGUCGGCAGCCUCCUAACCAGAACGUGGAUUCCGAUGCGAAAAUGUGCUCAAAAGGUGAUGAAAUGGAGGAGGAGCUUCAAAUAGAACUACAUCGCUUGCAGCUUAAAUUAGAAAACGAAGAUUCAUCGUUGCAUCCAUACCAAAAUGGAUUGGAGGUGGAGAGUGAGAGCAGUGAGAGCUUCAAUGUCACUAACCAACAGGUUAAUGAGCCAAGUAAAGCAGAAACCAGCCAGAUAACCGGGGUUUGCCCCCGAGAGCUGGAGAAAAGGCUGCAUGAGCUUCUUGAAGCAAGGCAGCAGGAGAGGAUAAUGGAGCUGGAGUCUGCAUUAGAAUCUGCACAGAGGAAGCUGAAUGAGAAAGAAAUGGAGAUUUGCUGGUGGAGAGAUACUGCAAGGCUGGUUUCAAAGCGCAGAGAAGAGAGAUUACAGCUGCAGUUCUAAGAGAAAAUUAGCUUAGUGAGUCGGUUGUAUGUAUUAUUAUUAUUAUUAUUUUAUUUUUUUUUUGUAAUGCUGAUACUUUGGUUCAUGUUUCAAUUUGUGCGGCUGAUCCAGUUAGUUUCAAUAUCAAUAUUGAUCCUGAUAUGUCUGAUUAGCUUAGCUAAACAUUAUGAUCCUAAUUAAACCCUAAUUAGCAUUUUGAGUGAGAAUUUUUAUAG